AUGUCUUUUUCAAAAUUACCAUCAGGUGUUAUUAAACACAUUGCACUCUAUUUGGAUCCAAAGGAUAUCGUCACAUUUGGUUUAUGCUCAAGGUCACAGUAUGAAAAUAUCCUCAUCAAUGAGGAUUUUUGGAAAAAUAAAUCGAUACAAGAUUUUGGUGAUUUAUUUCGCUUAUACGACAUCAUUGUCAAAUCCACUGGCCUGGAAUUAUCAAACGAUCUAUCAAAGAAGUUUGAAAAGGAACCCGGAAAUUGGCGUGAAUACUACAUUGCAAAAACUGAAUCAAUUAACGAAGCUGACAAUGCCACCUUGCUGGAUCAAGGAAACAAAGAAUAUAAAGACGCUCGUAAAUCAUUAACGACAUUGCAAGAUGACAUGAACUACUCUGUCUUGGUGCAUGUCGCCUCAAAGAUGCUGUGGAUAUUAGACAUUUUACCGGGACAUGCUGGAUGCUACUACAUUUUGGGCUUUAUCCUGUUCAUCCUGAAUCAACUGGAAGAUGCUUUGGAUAUUUUGGAUAUGGGAAGACUCGUCGACUCGUCAUUCGAGCCAUUUGACGAACUGGAAAAGGAAAUUUUAUCUAUCAUGCAGAACGACAAGCAAGAUGUCAAUGAUUUACCUCUAUUAGUCAAUGAAAACUUAUCACCCGAGUUAUUACGGGUGUUAUUCGAGAUUUUCAACAGAUUUGAUGAGGAUCGUGAUGAAUGUCUCAAUCCCAAAGAAUUGGAUUUAUUCGUCUUUUCAACAAAUGGACAGCAUCCUCCUACAUCGUUUAUCGAGAAUAUGGGUCAGCGAUUUGGUGCAAAUGACCAGGGAUGGUUGACAAAGAAGGGGUUUUUGGCUUUUUAUUUGGAACAAACCUUGGAUGACCCUUCGGAAACCAAAAAAGACAUCCGUGCACAUGGAUACGACUGCACCAAACUACAGAAACUGACAGCUACAGCCUAG